AACAGUUAAAUUAAGACAUGUUGACGAAUUUAUACGUUUCUUACGGACACACAAGCACUUCUGUGCAGCAAUGACAAUAUGAGACGAAUCAAACAUUGCUCACUAAACAAUAAACUCCACUUGAAACAAGUACACAUCAUUCAAAAUUACGUUGAUACUUCCUGUUUAAAAACAAACGUUAAAAGUCCCUUAAAUACAACCAUGAAAAUUAUCAUUCAUAGACACUUUUUUACUUUUACAGAUUUUUAUUUUUUUUAUAGAUUUUGUACUUUUACAAAAUGUGAUGGAUGCUUACAAAUAAUUAUUUUUGGUUUCCCUCUUUAAACGUUAGUUACAAACGCCAGAAAUAAAGGACUUUUAUUUUGAAAAUAUUGAACAGUAAGCGGAAGUAUAUUCUAUUUGACAAGCUGUAAGUUACAUUUGUGAGGAGUUACUGUACAAUCUAUGUGUAAUGAAACAAAGGUAGUAGCGCUUAUUGUCACCACCGGUGACUGUCGGUUAUUUUACCAUAGUGUGUUUAACAGCUAGUUAAAGAACUAGUUGAAUUAGUUUAAAAGUACAUUUUACCAUGGGCUCAGAAGAUGUACUCAAGAGUGCUUCAACCCUGGCAUCAUAUACUGUUCUGCUUCAGGUGAUGUUUCGGGUUUUGACGUUUCUCCUGAAUGCAUUUACUUUGCGGUUUGUAUCUAAGGAGCUGAUAGGUGUAGUAAAUGUGAGGUUGUUGUUACUCUAUUCUACAUUAGUAUUUCUAUCCAGAGAGGCGUUUCGGAGGGCGUGUUUAAGCGGCGAAGGGGCGGGGCGUAACUGGAGACAGGUGAUCAACCUGUUAUGGCUAACUUUUCCUUUAGGUUGUGUGUGGGGUGUGUUGUUGGUCUGUGUAUGGUGGUGGAUGCUUCAGGCACCUGAUCCGGAGUCAAUCCCGCAUUAUUUUCCCGCUGUUGGAUUGUUUUGCCUAGCUGCCCUAACAGAGCUACUCGCUGAACCUCUCUGGGUCCUGGCACACGCGCACAUGUUUGUUCGAUUGAAGGUUAUUGCAGAAAGCUUAGCCAUGAUCGCUAAAUGUCUUGUUACAGUAGUGAUGGUUGUCUCAGCACCUCAGUGGGGUCUUUAUAUCUUCUCUGCAGCCCAGUGUGUCUAUGCAGGAAUUUUGCUUCUUUGUUACGUGCUAUACUUUGUCCAUUUUCUCGGCUCAGAAGAAGCAGAGGAAAAAAAUUUCCCUUUUCACCGCAUCACAGACCUGCUGCCAUCGAGGGUGGACCGUGAGCCACUUCUUAACUGGAAUUUGACCACCCUAACCUGGAGCUUUUUCAAACAAUCUUUCCUCAAACAGAUACUUACAGAAGGUGAGCGUUAUGUAAUGACCUUUCUGAAUGUGCUUAACUUUGGAGACCAGGGGGUUUACGAUAUAAUAAACAAUCUGGGUUCAAUGGUGGCACGUUUUCUUUUCCUGCCCAUCGAGGAGAGUUUCUAUGUUUUCUUCGCUAAAGUGCUGGAGCGUGGCCAAGGUGUACGCAAUCAGAAACAAGAGGAUGUUUCCAUAGCAGCCGAGGUACUGGAGUGUCUUUUGAAGCUGGUGCUUUUGAUCGGUCUGAUCAUCACAGUGUUUGGUUAUGCAUAUUCUCAUCUAGCACUUGACAUCUACGGUGGAGAGCUUUUAAGCAGUGGAACAGGGCCAACUCUCCUACAGUGUUAUAGCUGCUAUGUUUUGCUGUUAGCCAUUAACGGAGUAACCGAGUGUUUCGUUUUUGCCGCCAUGAGCAAAGAAGAAGUUGACAGAUAUAAUGUCUUGAUGCUGGGCCUGUCAGCCUCCUUCCUGCUACUUUCUUAUUGGCUAACCUGGAUGUUGGGGGGUGUUGGCUUCAUUUGGGCAAAUUGCUGUAACAUGGCUUUACGAAUCACUCACAGUAUUAUUUAUAUACAUCGGUAUUUUCUGCAAAGUGAAUACACACCCUUAUGGGGGCUCCGCCCACAUUCUGCUGUCAUGGCUGUGCUUGGAAUAAGCGCGAGCAUCACAACCUAUCAGAGAAUGUUCUGCUGUGAUGGUGGUUGGGUACUAAGACUGGCACAUGUUGCCGUCGGGGCAGUUUGUCUCCUGGGUGUGGUCACCACAGUGUUUCUAACAGAAACGAGACUGGUGCAGUUCAUCAAAACCCAAUUAUUACCCAAAUACACCAAGAAAAGUACAUGAGCUGUUUUGAUUUGGAUAAUAGCAUAUGAAUACAAGCACUAAGAGGAAGUUACAACAUCUCAUGGACACUAACAUCUGAUGGAUCACAUAUUGCCUUGUUGAACACAGGCAUAUUUAUUCAAGACUGCAUAAAAAUUCAAGCAAACAGUUUGUUUUAAUGAGCAAUUUGUAAUCAUUCCAAUAUGAAAGGAGAUCCGGGAUUUAUUUUCUUCUUGGGACAUUAAAGUUUACUACAGUACCCUAUGUUUUUUACCAAAUCUAGCAAUGCUGGAUCUUACAUAUUGUAGCAGGGAAUUUAUGUAAUUUAUAUAAAAUAUAUUUCAACGGUGCUGGUUACCAUUGUCUUUGAAAACAUUUAAAGGGACACUCCGCUUUUUAAAAAAUAUAUACUCAUUUUCCAGCUCCCCUAGAGUUAAACUUUAGAUUUUUACCAUAUUGGAAUCCGUUCCGCUGAUCUCCGCGUCUGGCGCUACCACUUUUAGCAUAGCUUAGCAUAAUUCAUUGAAUCUGAUUAGACCAUUAGCAUCGCACUAAAAAAUAACCAAAGAGUUUCGACAUUUUUCAUAUUUAAAACUUGACUCUUCUGUAGUUGCAUCGUGUACCAAGACCGAUGGAAAAUUAAAAGUUGCGAUUUUCUAGGCAGAUAUGGCUAGGAACUAUACUCUCAUUUUGGCGUAAUAAUCAAUGACUUUGCUAAUGUAACAUGGCUGCAGCAGGCGUAGUAAUAUUACGCACUGCCUGAAAAUAGUCCCCUGCCAUUGAAAAUUACUAAGGGUACUAUUUUCGGCUGCUGCGUAAUAUCACUGCGCCUCCUAUACCCAUGUUACAGCAGCAAAAUCCUUGAUUAUUACGCCAGAAUGAGAAUAUAGUUCCUAGCAACAAUUAAUUUUCUGUCAGUCUUAGUACACAAUGUAACUACAGAGGACGGAGUCGAGUUUUAAAUAGGGAAAAUAUCGAAACUCUGGUUAUUUUUAGCGCGAUGCUAAUGGUCUAAUCAGAUUCAAUGCAUUAUGCUAAGCUAUGCUAAAAGUGGUAGCGCCAGACCCGGAGAUCAGCUGAAUGGAUUCCAAAAAGGUACAAAUCAAAUGUUUAACUCUAGGGGAGCUGGAAAAUGAACAUAUUUUCAAAAAAGUGGAGUGUCCAUUUAAGACAAGACUGUAAAAUAUUAUAUAGUACUGUAAUACCUGGGUGCAAAUAAAAAGUUUUUGUCUAAGUGUACUUUUUUAUUUUAAGUUAAACACAUUUAUAAACAUGUA